AUGGCGGACGACGAUCGAAGUUUGCGGGAUUUGAUGCUGGAAACGGCCGAAGACUUGGAAGCCGUCGUUAAGCAGGUUCCUUCAUUUUUUAUUGAAGUAUAUUUUUUGACGUGCUUGAUUCGUGAUUAAGGAUGUUCGAAUACUUUUGAACUAUUGAUUUUUUUCAAAGACUUUUUUUAAAUGAAAUUUUUCAUCGGAAAAAGCUCUAAAAAUCAUUAAACGUUAUAAAGAAUUUUGUAAAAAAGUCUCAACUGCUUCAAAUUUUUUGCUGGGUGUUAUUAAAAGAGCAGUUUGCGAGUUUCUUUGGAUUCUUAAGCCUAGAGACCUUUUUUCCAAUUCAUUUUUCAAAAAUUAUUGAAUCAUUCUGAGCAUACCGAAAGCCUAGGAUAUUUUUUUCCGAAAAAAAGUUAUGAUUCAGUUUUUUUGUACCUUUGAUGAUUCUAAAAAGCUCUUCUUAAUGAAUAUCUGCCUAUUAAAAAUAAAGAAAAACUUUUUUUUUUUCAGAUUAUUGAUUCAUUAUUGAAUCGGGACAAGAACCAAACGCAACGCGGCGGGGAAACCGUCACAAAUUUGGUCCUUUUGUUCGAUUCGAAGCAACAAGACCUCCGGAGACUUGUUAAACGAGGUUUUUUCAUCAUAUUUUCAUUGUUUGUCAUGGUUAUUUUUGAAUUUUUGAUGGAGUUUUGAUUAUCUACUGGGUUUUUUUCAGUCCCGGAGUUCCAAGAAAGGCAAGCCCUCAUUGGUGAACUAAAAAAGUGCGUGGAAGAUCGGGAUAAAGUGAUUUCCCGGGUAGAAAUCAACCUGAAAGGCGUCGAAACUGCCCUCACCAGCAUUAUUUUUACGGUUUGGUUUUUUUUUCUUGAUUAUUUUUCUUUGAACUUUUGGCGAGUUCAAUGGACAAACUUUAGAUGUUUCGUUUUGGACCAUUUUUGAUCAAUUUUGCAACGUAUUUCUAUGAAUACGUCAUUAGUAUAGUCUUAUGGUCUUACUUUCUAGGAUUUUUUUUGAAAAAAUAAAUAAUUCGAAUUUUGCAAGCUUUUGUAAUUAUUAAAGUUAUUUAGAAAAAAAUUCAAAAGAGAAAAUUUGAAAUGAAGGCAAGUUGACUGGAUUUUUUUCCAAUAUGCAUUUGAAGUUAUCAGUUUUAAAAAAAUAAAAUAUUUUUUUCCAUCAGUUAAAAAAAAUUUAUUUUUUUCUUCAAGGUCUCAAGGAGCUGUUUCAUUCAUUUAUCGGAACAGUUGGAAGUUUUACACUAUUGAAAGCUUCAAAAAAAAGGGUUGAAAAACGGGACUCGUAACUAAUUUUAACGGAUUUUGAGGGGUUUCUUUGUCUUUUUGAUGUCUUUUCUCAAAAAAGAGAUUUUUGAAGGUAGAGAAUUUUCAGAAUCUUCGUCUGACAGAGCAAGAAAUAUUCUAGACAAAUUUUCAUGGUUGCCUCUUUGUUUUGACGAAGGUUCUGAAAAUUCUCACGGGAAAAAUCAAAAAACCAUUUAAAUUUAAAAAGAAAUGAACGAGAGACAAGUAGUACAUAAACUUGCAUUGAAUAAAUAAAAUGAGAUUUUGGUUUUCACAGGCUUCUAACUAGGAAAAAUAUUUCAAAAAAAUUUCUCGCAAUAUAUGUUAUUUCCGAGUUACGGAGCUUCAAAGUCUGCAAAACACCAAUUUAUGACAAAAAAAAAAGCGCUAUUCCAAGCUUUUGAAGCGUCUCAACCCGGAAACGAGAUCCGAUGCUAGAUACUUUUUCCUUGUUCUGGAAUCAGGGAGGUUCUAAAGUACACUACAGCAAAGUUUCAUCAAAAGUCCAAUCGGUGGUUAAAAAAACCCCCUCUUAACCCAGUGAGAAACGAUGGAAAGAAAAUACUCGAAAAUUUCUUAUCGAUUGCUUUGAAGGCCAACCAGAAGCUGAAAUCAGUGCGAGAAGCGGAAGCCCGACCCGUCAACACGGAGAUCCUCAUCAAACUCGCCCACCAAAUCAGCAGAAGCUACGCCGUCGCGGCGCCCUUAUUCUGGCAACAAGGUUUGUUUCAUGACUUUUCCGUUUCUCGGAAAGGAUAUUGAGAUGACAGAAACUUUCGUUGGCAUUUGGAUUGAUUCCGAAAUACAAUAAAUCCGAGAUAUUUUGAAUAUUUGCACCGAAAGAACUGAAAAUAAUUUGAAUCGAAAUUGGACAUUUUUAUGAACUCAUUUUGGAAAAUGAUCAUUUUUACAUUCAAGUUUGAUGUCUCAAUUUUUUUUGCAUUCUCUUUGAUUUCCAAUUUUUUUAAAAAGUGCACGGCUUUUUUUCCAAAAAAAUAUUAAGAAAAAAAGACGAAAAAAACCCUUUUUGAAACGUUUUUUUAAAUGUUUUUAAAAUGUUUUUCUUCAUUUUGUGUCAACUUUCAAUUUUUUUAUUUCUCUCGACCUUUUGGUUUCUUUUUAUCGUUCAAGCUUUUUAAUAUUUCAAUCAGUUUAUAAUAAUUAUUUUUUUCAAGUUUUUUUGAAGUUACAGUUCUGAAAAAAAUCGAAUGAUAGUGGUAUUUUUCCCUAGGUUUUCUGUUCCCGAGUAGAAUUUCACGACCUUCUUCUGGGGAUUUUUUUAUGUCUUUUUUUCUAACUCAAAAUAUUCAAGGUGAUCCUUCGCGUCCUUUCCCAACCGAACCGGAGUUCCGAAUGUCGUUUCUUUCCUCGCCGAAAGCGAACCAAUCUUCAGCCCUUCCACAGUCGAUCGGAGCCCUCCGACAGCAACAACAGGCUGUUAGUUUCAGAAAAAAAUAGAAAUAUUUUUAAGAGAAUCAGCAGAACCUAAAAAGGAAACCUUAUUGGGACAUCUGCUAGAAAAUUUUAGGAAAAUUUUUUUUAUUGUUUUCUUCUCUUUUAUUAAUGUGAACUCCCUUGUUGGAUAAAAACUACUGGGACAUCGGUAACGAAAUCCGGACAUUUCUGAGAGAUUCUUGAGAUCACUUAAGAGUGCUGAUACCGCUAAAGUGGUCACUAGAAUUGCCCCGAAACGUCAGAUUCGCGUUAACAAGGUCUGAGUAAUAUAAAAAUUGUCUCCUCACCUGGAAAAACUAUCCGUUCUCGAUCAUCUCUAAAGUAAAAGCACAUAAGGUCUUUGGAAUGGGUCUAGCCAGGAAAGUGUUUCAGCCAGAUUUUUGCAUAGUUUUGAGCAUCUUUCCCACUUCACGACGAUUUUUUUCAACUUUAAAUAUGAGUAGCAUUGAAAGACGUGUAUUCGCGUUCUUUCGGAACCUUUUCUUCAGAAUCAGAAAAAGAAAUUGCUAUUUGAAGAAUUUUGCGUAAGAUUUUUUAGAAGAAAUGAACGAUUUUUUAACAUACCUUAUCAUUUUUCCUCUGAACUUGUACAAAUAAAACCGUUGUGACAUUUAAUCAACGGAAAAAAACACGAUUUUCUGAUCUAUACACUUUCCAACUUUUUCCUUGUCUCAAGAAUGCUGUGAAUGAAGUAUAUUUGUUGAAUAUUGCGCGAGAUUGCGUCAUUCUGACGGCGCCUAUUUCAAAGCGAAUAUGAGAGAUUUUCAGGUGCGGUCGCCGGGUCUUUUGGGGCGUCCUUCGGCUUCGCCAAAGAUCGUGCCUCAGCCUCCACAGUCUCAGUAUGGCUGGAGUCCCAGGACUGGGUAUAAUUUUUUUCUUCUCUCGAAUUUUAGUUUCUUUUAAGAGUUUUUCGGAGUUCUUGCACGAAAAUUCUUACAAUUGCUUGAAAAAAGUUUUCCUAUCGCUUGUCACGAAACAUAUUGUUAGAAUUUUCGUCUCAGGACCAUCCAGAUUUCUUCUUUAACUUCUGAAAUAUUUCCCAAAGAAAGUACCAAGUUUGCUCUGUCAGUUGAAUAUCGUAUUUUGCAGAUACGGAGGUCAAACCGGAUCGCCUCAAAGUUUGCGUGCCGGACCUCGAGGCACGUGGCUAUUAUCCAAUGAAGGCUCUCCCUACGCCCCGAAGCCGCCAACCCAGGUGAGACUAGACCGCCGAAGACGGCCAUCCCUUGCUCUGACGGGUGUGGCGCAGCGGGUUGAAUGCUCGCGCGCCGCUCUCAUAGUCGCUGGUUCGACUUCCCCGCACACAAGAAAGUCGACGCGUGUUUUGCUGUGACGUGCGUCGUUGAUUGCGUGUGCGAUAGUGACGCCAACGGUAUCACUCCACUGUUUCUGAGCCGCGGAGCAUCGAAGUCUGGCUACAGUCCAUUCACUUUUUGUAGUUUUCUCAAAAAAGAUUCUUUUUCCCCGAAAAAUCUCUAGUUUCAGAGUCCCUUGAUUUCGCCCAACCUGAGCGUGAACAUCGCCGGCAGAUCCGCUCCGAUAAGGCCACCGCCGGUCAGAAAUGUCGAGCAAAUGAGCUCCGACAGCUCCAGCAGCACCAGCAGCGACGACGACAGUCCGAAAUAG